GCGCAAAAUAGAAAGACGUCGUAGUUGCUCAAUUACAUUAAAAUAAUUUUCAGCUUGUAGCUAGAUACUAAAAGUUUGAACGAAUCCACAAAAAAAAGAAGCAAAUGGAUGCGGAAUUUAAUAAAAAACUUAUCAAGCUAGUGAAACAGCACGAGUGUUUGUACGAUUUUAGCGCACCAGAAUAUAGAGACCAAUCGUUGAAGGAAUUAAUUUGGAAGAAAAUUGCAGACGAGUUAAAUACGAAAGAUGCGGAGUGCAAGAAACGCUGGAAAUCGCUACGCGACACAUACACAAAAACAAUACGAAAAUCACAUCUGACUACUUCAGGUAAAAGAGUCCCAAAAACAAAGUAUAAAUAUGCUGACGAGCUAUCCUUUUUGCGUGGCAUCAAAGAGGGCAAACAUGUUUGGAAAAUUGUUUUUAACAGGUCCUAUAGCAGUGAUGAGGAUACUUACGACAACGAGGAGACAAACAAUGACGAUGAAGAUCUCUGGGGACCUUUACCAUCACCAAAAAUGGAUGAAGACUCCCAAUCGAGCUUUUGCGCGCCAUCAAAUGAAGUCGCUCCUGCUAUUGAAAUUGAAGAAAAUGUUAAACCGGCUUUCACAGAAGUUAUACAAAAAUGUAGCGAUAGCGCCGUCGAAGCGCGCGGCUUUGAUCCGCUAGGAGCGAAAAAUUCGACUGUAAUGGUAUUUGAGAGUUUGGCGCACAAAAUUUUGUCAGCUGGUUUGUCGGAAAGUGAUGUGGACGCUAUUGAACUUAAGGUGACAUCGAUUGUUUAUGAGGAAAUCGCGAAUCGCCGACAAAAUAGGCAAAGUAAAGCCAAAUAGUGGCAACAACAACAACAGUGAUAAUAAAUUAAAUACAUAUGUUUGUGUACUUCUAUGUACAAUUUAUACAUGUAAUUAGUUUUAAAUAAAAAAUGAAUUGAAUAUA